UGAAUGAAUGGAGGCUCGCGGCCGGCCUGAGCGCGCGGCCGCCCUGCCCUCCACUCCGUCUCCCCGCGGCCCGCAGGACCCCUGCCGACCGCGCGCCCUCCUUCCGCCCCAGCCGGGGCCGCCGCGGGCUGGGCGCCCGAGGCGGAGGCCGUGGGGAAGGUCGGGGGGAGGGCGGUUUCCUCCCGCCCCACACCCAGCCUGCGAGCCGGAUAUAUAGUGUAACGUUCGGGAGCCGAAAGACCGGAGCCGUUUCCUAGCGGCUGGAGUUACUGCCCGUGGCCUCAGGGAAGGGCCGGGAUUUGGAGCAGCACUCGUUGAACCCCAGCCCGGGCCGGGGGCGCAGGAACCUCUUCCUGGAGCCUUAAAAGACGAAGGGGAGAAUCAUGUCCAUGAUUGCAGCCUUCUAUAGUGGCAAGUCCAUUCUCAUUACUGGGGCCACAGGCUUCCUGGGCAAAGUGUUGAUGGAGAAGCUCUUUCGCACCAGCCCUGACCUGAAAGUCAUUUACAUCCUUAUGAGGCCCAAGGCUGGCCAGACACUGCAGCAGAGGGUUGUCCAGAUCUUAAAUAGUAAGCUGUUUGAAAAAGUCAAAGAAGUGUGUCCGAACGUGAAUGAGAAGAUCAGAGCUAUUUAUGCAGACCUCAACCACAAUGACUUGGCCAUCAGCAAGGAGGACAUGCAGGAGCUGCUGUCCUGCACGAACGUCGUCUUCCACUGCGCCGCCACCGUCCGCUUCAACGACUCUCUCAGACAUGCUGUGCAGCUUAACGUUACCGCCACCCAGAAGCUCUUGCUCAUGGCGAGUCAGAUGCCGAAGCUCGAAGCCUUCAUACAUAUCUCUACUGCCUUUUCCAAUUGCAACCUGCAGCACAUUGACGAAGUCAUCUACCCAUGCCCUGUGGAGCCAAAAAAAAUCAUUGAUUCCAUGGAGUGGUUAGACGACGCUAUUGUUGAGGAGAUCACCCCCAAAUUGAUCCGGGAUUGGCCCAACACUUACACCUACACGAAGGCCUUGGGAGAGAUGGUGGUGCACCAGGAGAGCGGGAACCUCAACAUCGCCAUCGUGAGGCCCUCCAUUGUGGGAGCAACCUGGCAGGAGCCCUUCCCAGGUUGGGUUGAUAACGUAAAUGGACCCAGUGGGCUCAUUAUUGCGACUGGGAAAGGCUUCCUCCGGGCCCUGAGAGGUGCCCCAAUGGCUGUGGCAGACCUGAUUCCAGUCGACACGGUCGUCAAUCUCACCUUGGCUGUAGGGUGGUACACCGCAGUUCACAGACCUAAAUCAACAUUAAUCUACCACUGUACAUCUAGUAACUUUAAUCCCUGUCACUGGGGCAAAAUGGGAUUCCAAGUCUUGGCAACCUGUGAAAAAAUCCCAUUUGAGAGAGCUUUUAGGAGGCCAUAUGCUGACUUCACAACCAACACCAUCACUACCCAGUACCAGAAUGCGGUCAGCCACUGGGCCCCUGCCAUCAUCUACGACCUCUAUCUCCGGCUCACCGGAAGGAAGCCCAGGAUGACGAAGCUCAUGAAUCGGCUUCUAAGAACGGUUUCCGUACUGGAGUAUUUCGUCAACCGGAGCUGGAAAUGGAGCACAAACAACACAGAAAUGCUGAUGUCCGAGCUGAGUCCCGAAGACCAGAGAGUAUUCAACUUUGACGUGCGCCAGUUGAACUGGUUGGAAUACAUUGAAAAUUAUGUUUUAGGAGUUAAGAAGUAUUUAUUGAAAGAGGAUAUGGCUGGGGUCCCAGAAGCAAAGCAACACUUAAGAAGGCUCCGCAACAUUCACUACCUCUUUAAUACCGCCCUCUUCCUCAUCGCCUGGCGCCUCCUCAUCGCAAGAUCCCAGAUGGCUCGGAAUGUCUGGCUCUUCAUUGUGAGCCUCUGUUACAAAUGCAUCUCCUACUUUAGGGCAUCCAGCACGCUCAAGGCCUGACGACGUUUGUCAGUCUCUACUUAUCUGGAACCUCUCCGAUACCUCUGAAACAGCCAACUGUGGUUCUCAAGAUGAGGAGUAACAAAGAAUAUGUAACCUCAUUACCUGUCCAAUGUGCUGUCACAUAUCCAUCCCUAUUUCUUAGUUGUAUGUUCUUUUUAUUACAGUGAGAGAAGGAAAGUCAUGUCCUACCCUAUAAUCAUAUAUAUUUUAGGAAUUAUUUCCAGACUGUUUUCUAACACCCUAGUCUAUGCCCUUGAAUAAAAAACACCAAAGUACAACCCUA